AUGUCGUCAAUAUCGCCCUUUCUCGACUCGGGCCUUGUGACGACACCCGACACCCUUGCUCUCGUUCACCUGUCCCGCGACAACAUCCAACCGGUAUACCUCCGGGAAGGCUCUGGCAGUGUCGACGGUUACGCCGAGGGGGCCGUCAUCAACACGCGAUUCGGAUCUUUCCCGCACUCGACCUUGAUAAACAAACCUUGGGGCUCGCAGAUCCGCGCAUCUAUCGUCGAUACCGGUUCAAGAGGCAGGAAAAAGAAGGUUGAAGCAGAGGACAAUGACACCGAAGGCACAGGCGCAGGCUCUGGCGCAGGCGCAGGCGCAGGUCCUGCGAAGGAUCUCAAGACAGCCUCGAGUGGCUUCAUACACCUCCUUCCGCCCACACCCGAGCUGUGGACCACCAGUCUACCACACAGAACCCAAGUCGUGUACACGCCCGACUACAGCUACAUCCUACAUCGCAUACGCGCUCGUCCAGGUAUGCACAUCAUAGAAGCCGGCGCCGGCAGUGGCAGCUUCACACAUGCCUCGGUCCGGGCAGUCUACAACGGGCACCCCAGGACCACCGAAGACAGGAGAGGGAAGGUAUGGAGCUUUGAAUUCAACGAGGAGCGGUAUCACAAGAUGAAGCAGGAAAUCGAGGGUCAUCGUUUGGACGAACUGGUUCAGAUGACCCACCGAGAUGUCUACAAUGAUGGGUUUCUCGUUGAUGGACAGAGCCCGGAGGCAGAAUGCGUCUUCCUCGACCUGCCAGCACCCUGGCGAGCUCUGCCUCACCUAGCCCGAAGGAAACCGACGCCGUCUCAAUUGGCCAGUGGCGGCUUGGAUUGCCUUGGUGGCAGCGAUUCCGAAUGGAAGUCCCCCCUACGCGCAGAUCGAACUGUGUACCUCUGUACAUUCUCACCGUGCAUCGAACAAGUCACGAAGACCGUCGAGAUCAUGCGCCGCCUUGGUUGGAUGGACAUCGAGACAGUUGAAGUAGCACACCGGAGGAUCAACGUCGUUCGCGAAAAGAUUGGCCUAAAUAUGCCCACGGAGCGGGGCGUAAACCAGGUUCCGGGAAGUGUAGCAGAGGCCCUCAGAAAACUGAAAGAGGUUGAGUGUCGAUCCAAGGAGUUCCAUUCUCAAGAUCAAGAUACCGAUACCGAUACCAAAAUUAACGAGGAUGAGGAAGCCCUAAACGAAGCUGGCCAAGGCACAGAAGAUGCGCCAAUGGCCAAGCCCUGGACGGCGGGACGACUGGUACAUCGGACGGAGGCUGAGCUUAAGACACAUACCUCGUACCUCACCUUUGCCAUCUUGCCACAGGAGUGGUCGGAGGAGCAAGAAGCGGCUGCAUUUGAGAAAUGGCCAUGUGGCAAGGAAAACAAGGUCAUUGGCAGCUUAGACAAGGAAGCACGGAAACAGGAGAAACGAGAAAUGCUUCAGGGAAAGAAGCGAAAGAAGCCGCAGAACGAUGCCUCAGCCGACGCCGAAGAUGCUGGAGCAGGUCCUGCACUGAAGAGGAGCAAGGCAACAUGA